AUGGCUUUGGAUCGCUACAUGGCCAUCUGUGAUCCCCUCAGAUAUUCUACCAUCAAGAUGGCAAAGACUGGCCUGGCAGAGGUGCUGCACGGUGGCUUACUCAUACUGUCCCAUCCCGUCCUAACCAGACAGUGGCCAUAUUGCAGAACCAAAACCAUCCGCCACACGUACUGGGAACACAUGGCCGUGGUGAAGCUGGCCUGCGCUGAUACCCGUGUCAGUAGUUACUACAGCCUCUUUCUGGUAUUCUGUGUGAGGGGUUUGCAUAUGAUUUUUAUCGCUUUGUCCUAUACCCAUAUCCUCAAGGCCAUCUUCAGCCUCCCCACAAAGGAUGCCAGGCUCAAGGCUUUGGGGACCUGCAGCUGCCACCUCUGUGCCAUCUUAGCCUUUUACAUCCCAGGUCUCUUUUCCUCCCUCACGCACUGGUUUGGCCACAAUGUGCCCCUGUAUUUCCACAUUCUCAUUGCCAGCUUGUACCUCCUGGUGCCCCCCAUGUGCAACCCCAUCAUCUAUGGGACCAAGCUCUGUGCAGAGCUGGCUGGCGACUUGGUGCUGUGCUCUCUUCCCUGA